CUUUGGACCUGUAUUUGAGCACCUUGAAGGGGCGGUGUGUGACCAGAGCCUGACCCCACAUACUGCUAGAGAGCCCGGCGGCAGUGCGAGGAGCUGUGGACUUCCAUGGGGUGAUCCCCGGAUCGGAACAGGCCCCUGGCGCCUCCCCGCGCCUCCAUCUUCUACAAGGGGAAGGGAGAAUAACAAAUCCGGCCCCGGCAAGCUGGGAGCGAAGCUUCGCCUCCCCCCAGCCACAGCGCCCGGCGGAGAGGCAGGUAACGGGGAGAGCCUGGCCGCGGUCACCGCUUUGGGGUGCCCCAGCCUGCAGGAUGGCCGACCCAGACACCAACCUCCGGCGGCCCUGGAGCAUGGUACAUGACAUCCCCAUUGUGAGCGCCUUCACCCACAACUGGGACAAGGUUGACAUCUUCCAGAGCCGCCCCGAGGACAUUGUGGUGAUCAGCUUCCCCAAAUCCGGCACCACCUGGAUCAGUGAGAUUGUGGACAUGAUCCUGAAAGGCGGUGACCCCGAAAAGUGCAAGUGGGAUGCCAUCAGCAACCGGGUGCCUAUGCUGGAGUUCUCCGCCCCUGGGAAGAUGGUGGCAGGCACAGAGCAGCUGGAGACCAUGGCAUCCCCUCGCAUUGUCAAGACCCACAUCCCAGCUCAUAUCUUGCCCAAAUCCUUCUGGGAAAACCACUGCAAGAUGAUCUAUGUGGCACGCAACGCCAAGGACGUGGCCGUCUCCUUCUACCACUUUGACCUGAUGAACCAGCUGCAUCCGCACCCUGGGACAUGGGCCCAGUACCUGGAGGAGUUUAUGGCCGGCAGAGUGGCAUACGGCUCCUGGUACAACCACGUCAAGGGCUACUGGGAGCGGAGGAAGGAUCAUCCCAUCCUCUACCUCUUCUACGAGGACUUGAAGGAGGAUCUCCGCCGGGAGGUUGCCAAGGUGGCCCAGUUCCUGGGGCAGGAGCUGCCAGAGGCGGCCCUGGACACCAUCACCCGACACACCUCCUUCGAGACCAUGCGGGACAACCCCACCACCAACUAUAGCAUGGUGCCCCCCGACCUCAUGGACCACGGCAUCUCCCCCUUCAUGCGCAAAGGCACCACUGGAGACUGGAAGAACCACUUCACCGUGGCCCAGAACGAGCGCUUCGACCAGGACUAUGCGCAGAAGAUGUCGGACACCGACCUGAGCUUUCGCACCCAGAUCUGAGACUCCCUGUUGUAUGCCCUCCCUGUCCAACCCGCCAUUCCAGGUCCCGGCAUUCCCGUGGCUCUCCCGCCUCCCUGUGCCACAGGGAAUUUUUCAGAAGUAAAGUUUUAUCUUUGAAUCCUCCUCCCAAGUUUGCACCCUGUGAAAGCUGCUGCGUUGCUACAGAGCGCUGUGGAGCCUCAUCCCACCCUGCAUCACCCCAACCCCAUGUGGCCAGUGCAGGGCAUGCUUAGGAUGAGCCUGUGUGGCUCUUUCUUGAGGAAUAAAAAAGCCAGUAUGUGCUACA